CCGGUGAGCAAUAAGAUUCUAGAGCUGGUGAGUUCCUUUUGUUUGUUUUAAUGUGGUACCACGGUCGCAGUUUAGAGGGAAGCCAGUCGAGGCAAGAAAUGGCCCACUUUGUAUGAUGAGUGCGUAGCGGGGACAUGUGAUUCGGCCCGAACUUCGUGAUGUCUUGACGUCAGCUCCGAACCAGGUGCGGAGUUGCUUGGGCGAAAUUGAACGGACCUCCACAGAUCCUCUCGCUUUGAAUUUCGUAGUUCGGUCCGAUAAGCAGCGACAGAAUAGCACCGAGUAGCUUCAAGCUAUCAAUAUGGACGCCUCCGAAACCCAAGAAAGAGGCCAGAGACAAGCAAGCGCUGGGAGUCGCUCAUCCAGUACUGCAUGUUUGCGAUGCCGUACGCAGAAGCUCAAGUGUGGCCGUGAGCGUCCAGUGUGUGCUCGAUGCCAGCGAGUCGACGCGACGUGUUCCUAUCCUUCGCCCCCGAACCGUCGGGGCCCACGCCCACGCUCACAACGUGCUCGCCUUCCAGCAAGGGCAGCUGAACGCAGUCACCCGCAGGAACAUACUCGCCCUUGGCGAGCACCCGUUCCGCAGCCUUAUAGCGACCCGUCAUCGCUAUUGCAACAGGAAUCGCCUUCGAGGAUUGAGCCGCGGGGCCAAAGCGCCAUCCCGAAUGCCGUUAACUUUAAUGAUGAUCUUGAAGGGAUAUCGCAUCCUCGCAGCGACACUGUGGUGGAUGACGCAUCCGUAGUGCUAGCUACAGGAAGGCCUGUAUUGCUCGAUUCCUAUCCAAAUCAGCUACGGACGAUGAGCUCAAUCGCAAAAGCAACACCCUCAACACAUACCCCAGACCAAGACCAGCCACCUCUACCUCCAACUGCCCUCGGUCUCUCCCUACUGGAACUUUACUUCACGCGCAUCUAUAAUGCACCUCUGCUAUUCCACAAACCUGUUUUAUUUCAACAAUAUCUAGAGCAACAGCUUAAUGGCGCUCUUCUUAGAGCCCUACUGGCGUUGGCAACACUGUUUCUUCAACCCUGCGAUCCAGAGAGUGAAAAGGACCUCAUUGGAGAACAUACUGAAUUAAAAGUCCUGAGUAUAUAUCACGCCUCUGGGCUUCCAUGGGCGAGAGCUGCAUUCAAGGAAGCCAUGCUUGCAGCCGUGGACAGCCCGUCUCUUAUGGUCAUUCAAGCGCUUGAGUGCCUUCAACACUAUUGGUUCGGUAUCGGCCAGCCUUAUCAAGGCAAUCUCUGUCUUGCAUUAGCCUAUCGCGCCUGCCAUCUUCUUGGGUAUACCAAGAAGAUUCCGAAUGGUAUCGUUGGGCUUGACCAUGAUGUGAGCCUUGAAUCGGAGCUCGCCCGGCGAUGCUUCUGGGCCUGCUGGACGUCGACAUGCAUCGUCAUGGAGCCGGAACCAUAUAUCAAAUCCUCCUGGCAGGAGGUCGCCAUGGUGCCGCUUCCCGGGGUAAUUCUACCCACGCCAUCGGAAGGAUAUAGAAUAAUGCUCGGCGAAAUAAUGGAUGAAAAUUGGAACGCUAGUGUUCUGACACCGGGAGCAAAACCCGGACCAGCUGCAGCGAUCUUGAUGAAAAUGGUGGGUGUCUGGGCAAAGGUACAACUGCUGUGCAAAGACAAUAAGAUCGGUUCUAUACUCUCGGAAAGAUUUCAGUCAGGGCGGACAUUGUCGCAAAUGGCAACCUCAUUUUUCGACGAUGCAAAACGUUAUAGGAGCUCCAAUUCAGAUUCCAAUCACGAGAGUAACGAUAGCCAAGCUCGGACACCGCAAGAUCAAGACCUAUUGCUCGUGCACGACGCCCUGUAUCAUCAGUGCCAAAUCAGCAUCCAUUCAAUGAUCGUGCCCUUAUUCUCGGGCAUCGCAAAUGAAAACAACUCAGAGAAAAUACUAGACGCGGCUGACCAGAGGCAAAGCGCAACAACUGUUGCAAAACACACUGAUCUACUGCGUCGCUUAUUAGAACCGUAUCUCUCUGGUCAGCGUCAUGUUUCGUUUCUACCACCUCUUGUCGGCUAUGCGGCGUUUGUCGCGGGAAUCGUUCUUCUUGUCAUGGAAAUUUCAUGCCCGAACAGAAGCAGUGGAAUAAACGUCAUUACAUUCGGCACCGAAGCCAGUGGGAAUGGCAAUGAGAAUACGAAUGGGAAUGGUCGGGGCUGCCGAUUAAGCACCGUGGAAUCAAUAUUGCAUCUGCUUGAUCGUCAUAGGGUUUAUUGGAGGGCGUUGCAACGUCCGUGGGAAAUAUUGCAUACUGCACUGCAAGGAGAAUUUCAGAAGCAUUCAACACAAAAUCUACAUCAACAGGCGAAUCUUCAAAGUAGUCAUCUCCUGGCACCAAGUAGUGCCAUCGAAAAUCCGCAGACGUCCGCCGCAGGAUACUGUCAAGUGACGGAGCACUUACGUCAACAGCCACAUCCCGUUGCUAGUAUGGCGAAUGACCCUGCAGAAGAAGGACCAUUGUCAGGAGUAGUACAACAUAGCUCCGGUUUGGCUACUAAUGUUAACAACAACAAUGAUUUUGGAACAGCUGCAAGUGAAGCAGAAGCGAACGCGAUUGAUCUCUUGAUCAGUGGGGGUAAUGUCAAUGUACCGCAGGAUUAUGAUUGGUAUAACCUGUCAUUUGCGGAGGCCGGAGUUGAGCAGUUUGCUGGUCUUGAACCUUUCGCUCUCUUUCAACACGGGUGGCAGACAUUUGGGUAGUUAGGUGUUCAACGGUCAGAUAGUAAUGCUCACGUAAGGUCUUAAAGAAUAACUACGGGACGCCCUUGAUUUCAGGCAGUAUUAGAGACCGAAGUGCCGCAAGGUCCGAGGCUAACGUGGUUCGAUAGCGUCGGAGUACAAGCCCCCCCGAUGCCGCCGGUCUGUGUGGGCCCAAAUUCUCGAGUGGCAUGACGGGCCCAAGCAGGUUGCAUCUGCUGCGCUUCAGUAGAAAGAACGAAAUCGAGUGGCGAGUGCGCCCGGUCGAAACACAGAUCCCGCACCAAACAAGGGCGCAACGGGUCAUCCUAUCCAAUUCGCGAACUCACAAAUAACCUUGCAUAUAGAACCCUGGCACUCAAUCAGUGUUAUUACGGAAAACUGGAGCUGAAGUGCUUCGUCCCCCGCCCGAACGUCGGCCUGUACAAACGCGUGAUUCACGUCGAGCUCCUCCAAUUCCGUCGCAAGCAUCGGCGUGACAACCAAAAAUGCCGUACCGAAGACCAUACUGGGUGGUUUCAUGCCCCGCCACCAGAGAUCCUGGACACCGCUACCGCUUGGUCUCUAUACACGCGAGCGAUCGAUCGCCAUAGUCUCGGUAUCGAUGGCCAUUGCCAGAGCAUGCCCAGGGCUUGAUUUGGAUCCCGCCAGGACCGAUGGCGGCAAUGGGCGCUAACAGAAUCCGUGCGAUGGAGGGACAGACCACCAAGCCAGGUGUCUGUCGUGCCGGAGAGGACCUCGCCGGCGAGCGCGACCAGGAAGAACCCCGUUGGCCCAUCCGAGUUAGAAUUCGAAGAGCAAUAGGGCGUAAGAGUUGUUGUCUACCAGAACUUUGAGACUGUAUGACAUCCCAAAUCGUCAUAUGGUUGUAAGCCCCGCGUCUUUCGGGUUCUCCCUUGGCGUACAUGGACAGCAUAUACACCAGCAGGAGAGUAAUAAGGUAGCCGUUAUUUACACCGCAGACCUCCUCGAGACAGAAUCUUAACCUGGGCCGAACUGGAGGCUCCCCAGCUCGCGGCAGUUCGCGCCAAACUACAAUAGCGUGUCAAAAGUUUCCCAACACUUAGCGCGUCUUCGGGAACGCGUAAACAGAACCAAAACUUCAACCUCAAUUAUCUCCACAACCAUGAGGUCUUUCGGUACCGAAAUAAGUGGAAAUCGAAGGCCUGAAUCUGAACUUUCACCUGAGGCGCGUUCUGCUAUUUUAUAUGGCCUAGAGCUGGGGCAAUCGCCCUCGCAACUUGCCCGCAAGUUUGAAGUCAACCGGUCGACUAUUUUCGACACGAAGAAUCGCUUUUUACGCUACCAUACCACGAAAUCUCGCCCUAGAAAGGGUCGGCCGCAGAAGCUUAGUAAAGCAACUAAGCGCUAGGUAUAUUACUUGGUGCGCAGGCGCCUAGAUAUCUCAUGGAAGGCCUUAAUAAUCAAGACCCCUGGUCAACCUUCUAUCUUGACAAUUCGACGCGCCUUAAGGAAAUAUUAUAUUCGUAAGUAGCGGAGUAAGAAGAUGAUACUAUUAUCUAAAGAAGUCGCGCGAAAACGAUAUAUAUUUGUAGGGUUGUGGUUGCGAUAUAUAGCCUAGCGCACCUGGAAGUUUUUAGACGAAUGUUCAGUCCAACGCUGAGCUAAUAAACGCCUAAAAUUCGUGUUUCGAUACUAAAAAGAAGGAUUUAGAGAGGAUCUAUUAAAUCUCUACUACCACGGGAAACCUAUUUCACAGAUGGUUUGG